AUGCCUUGCAACAUCACUGUUUUGCUUUUAACUGUCGUCCUAGCUUUCCGCUCGAUCUCUGGAGCCUGGUUGGCAAACCACAGCACACGACAUGUUGAGGCAGCCCACAGACAGCACUUGUUUGGCGAUAGUUACAACCCUUACAUUCUCCCAAGGGACCACACGGCAGAUCCCGUCAACAUCUCAAUGCAGUUCACCCUCAACUUUGUUCUGGAAGUGGACACGGUCCGUCAAGUAUUUCAUUUCAAUGGAUGGUUUGAUGCCAACUGGACGGAUCCCGCCUUGGCAUGGGAUACAGACACAUUCCCCAUCACAAAAAUAUUUGUACCCCCAGAUGCCAUUUGGAAACCAGACUUAUUUGUUGAAAACUCUAUCAAAUCCCACACACUGAUCGAAGAACAGAAGAUAAAUCUUAUUCUGCAUUCAGAUGGAAGUGUUGAGUGGUUCCCGGGUGGAAAUUUUGCGACUAACUGUCCGCUGGACAUACGACAGUUUCCUUUCGACGAGCAGGUUUGCCCUGUUCAGAUGCAGACGUGGGUCUACGCAGCAAAGGAUGUGAUGUUUCUUUCAACUGGUACAAACAUCGUGAAUCGAGAUUCUUCGGAGUGGACUGUGCUUGAAGUGACUCACGAAAAAUACACCUUGUUCAGCCAUGUUAACAUGAAAUUUUCUGUGCGACUGAAGCGUCGGUGGGUGUACUACUGGUUUCGCCUGCUGAUGCCCGUGCUCCUGGUGUCGGCUUUGAACUGUGGCGUGCAAGUCCUGCCCUGGCACAGCGGCGAGAAGAUGGGCGCCAGCCUCGCCAUCUUCCUGACCCUCACCGUGCUGAUGACCGAGGUGCAGGCCAGUCUGCCCAACAACGCACAAACCAUGCUUCCUCAGCGUCUUCGUCGCCGCUCAUAUGGUUUUCGGCGAGCUCUCCGUCUUCUUCGCUAUCGUCUCUGUCCUCCGUCAUUGCAACCGCAACCACAGCGAUGGAACGACUGA